CAUGCUAAUAAUGUGUUUGUGUUCAGAUGUUGAGCAUGAAAGCGCAGGUGGAUGUGGUCUGCUGUAAAUCAGUAGGAACUGAUCUGUCCAUGCUGGAUAUUGAGGAUUUCAUCACAGAAAUCUGUCAGCUGAAGAAAGAGGUGGCUUCACUGGAGACAAAGCUGAGAGAAAGAGGAGACAAACUGAACAGAGAGGAUGUGGAGCAGGUUUCAGUGCGUGUGACUGAUGGGACAGAAGCUCAGGAUUCAGUCUGGAGCGUCAGAGAUCAGAGAUCCAGAGACACACAGGACUCAGAGCUCAGCCUCACUUUACUCUGUUAUACUGACGCUCAGGAUCAUGAAUCCACUGAUCAAACCUCUGACUGUAACGCUGGAGAACAGCAGAUGCUGCAGACGCCGCUGAAGAUGUGCUCCGUCAAACUGGUGGACUGCAGGAACCUGAUCGAGAGCAGAGGAGAAGAAACCACCGCAGAGAAAGAACAACAACACACUGAUGAGGAAGAGCAGGAGGAUGAUGAUUAUGAGGAUGAAGAUGAAGAUUUCAUUCCUCCAGGUUUGUUUCUCCUUUUAUGACCUUUUGUUGUUUGU